CGGGACGACUUGUAAACAAAACUCGGGACAGUCUGGCGGAGCUCGGCGGGCGCGUCGUUUCGUUUCGUUUCGUCCGUGAAUCAGUGACUCUGUUCGCGACAGCUACACUUUGUGGCUGUGUCUUGCCUGGCGGCGCCACUCGACUCUAGAUGGAUAAGCAGCUCGCGAUUGAUCCGCGGCUAGAUUGCGCCUGAGCGCGUCGAUAGCGGAGUGCAGAGGGAGCUGCUACCUCCAUCACGGGGCGGAAUCAGUGUGUUCUCCUCGACGACGGAGUGUAGGCAGUGGCCGUCCCCCGAAGCCCUACGCCCUUUCGGUGCUCGUCCCCCGCGCCGUGUCAGCUCCAUGUGGUGACUGUGCGUGUGCGCGCGUGUGUGACUCGGCCGUGCUGCGGUGCCUGCCAGUGUCCUGCCCGCCUCCAAGGCCCCCAUGUGCUCCACCAUGAACGUGAACCAGGCGGACUCGUCGUCCUGCGUCGGGGACUGGGACUGGGCCAACGUGACGACGGCCGACACACUGUACAGGAGGCUGUUCCUGGAGGUGUCGCUGCUGCUGCCGCAGAUGGAGUACCACCCCUGGCUGCUGUCGGCCAUCGGCUCGGUGGUCGUGGGGCUGAGCGGCGUGCUGCCGCUGCUCGUGAUCCCCAUCGAGACGGGCGCCAACAUGAAGCACGGAGCUGGAGCCAGGACGCUGAAAGUUCUUCUGAGCUUUGCGGUUGGUGGACUCUUGGGAGAUGUGUUUCUUCACUUGCUUCCUGAGGCCUGGGCAAGUCAUCAGAAGUUGGGUGGCUCAACUAAUGCUUCUUUCUCAGUGGGUGGUUGGGUCCUGACUGGACUAGUCAUAUUUGUGAUAGCAGAAAAAUUAUUUGCUCCUGCCGAUGAUGACGAUGAGGAUGAAGAGGAGGAGGAUGAGGCAGAGGAGAAUGAAAAUGUCCCAGUUCUUUUACCAGUGACUCGUUUGAAACAAAGUUCCUCUGCUGAAAACAACAAUAACGUACCUGUGGCAAACGGCAAGGCCAAAGUAGUCAACGGCCAUGUUCCAAAUGGUUCGAUUGCAACAAAUUCUCAAGUAAAAAAUGGCACAAAUUCAAAAGAUCAGAACAAGAAGAAAACUACGCUUGCUAAAGGAGGCAAACAGAUGUCUGGUUACCUCAACUUGAUGGCAAAUAGCAUUGACAACUUCACACAUGGAUUAGCUGUUGGUGGAAGUUUUCUCAUCUCUUUCCGUGUUGGAGCCCUAUCUACCUUAGCCAUUCUUGUACAUGAAAUCCCCCACGAAGUUGGUGAUUUUGCCAUUCUGCUUCGAGCUGGGUUCAGUCGGUGGGAGGCAGCAUGGGCGCAGCUCUGCACAGCAUUUACUGGGCUCAUGGGUGCUAUGGUUGCUGUAGCCUUCAGUGAAGCCAGUGGUUCAAUUGAAUCAAGAACAUCAUGGAUUUUACCCUUCACAGCUGGUGGCUUCCUCCACAUUGCCUUGGUGACUGUGCUGCCUGAAUUAUUGAGGGAGAAAAAUUCAUGGGAGUCCUUCAAGCAAAUGUCCUCUCUAAUCGCAGGCAUUGCAGUUAUGGCAGCCAUGACAGUUCUGGUUGAGUGAUGUGGAAAAUGAAACUAUGUUAAUUUGAUUAUUUUUUGGCUAAAUACUUAGUGUAAUUUUGCCUAAUUGACCCAUCACAUGUUUGUGGAGAUUGCAAAUGAAACUGAACACAAUCACUUUGAAGGCCCCUUAAAAUUUCAUAACUUUCACACCUUUGAACUGAAAUAAAAUGUCAUUUAAUUUGUCAAUGAGUAAGGUAAAAAAGAAUGAUACUGUGUGCUUCACUUUCAACAUUUGCUUUCUAAAAUUUGCUUGUGACACAAACUGUCAACAUAUUUACAGCAUUAAUGAAUAGUAUUAGCUAGGAUCAGUGCCAUAGUAGAAGUGACAAUAAACCAAGUGUUUGAGGUAAUUCUGCUGACAAAGAAACAAUUUUAAGUUUUCACUAUUUCUUCAAUGUCCUUAAAUACCUAUUGUUAUAAUGUACCAAAGAACAAUUCAUUACUUUUUACAUUUUCCUUAAAGUCAAAACUAGACAGGAGUGUAUUUUGUGUAUCAUUUCUUCUACGUUUUGAUUUUAUCUUCAAGUAAAAGACAUUGACUGAAGGUGCACUAAAUACUAGUGGCAUUUGUUUGAACUUGAUGUUUUAUUUCUUCUCUUUUGGUACUGUUCGGUUGUAUUCUAUAUUCUAAACUUUAUGAAAGUUGUGCAUCUAAUGGCUGUGACUGUAUGCUGAUUUUCUCUGUAGCUGUUUUACGACAACAACUAUGGAAGAAUUCUGUAUCGUCUAAGUAGUAGCAUAUCUCAAUAUUCAUAAGUGGAAUAGUCAUGUGUGUCAUCUUCCUAGAUUCCUCAGCUGAAGGGGAAACACAGCCCAUCUUUAAAGGGGUGUGGCUUUCAUGUUACUCAUUUUUUUAUGUAUGAUUUUUCUUCUUAAAUAGCAGCUCCCUUCCCAUUAAGGAAUUUCCCUAUUAUUGUUAUUAUGUAUUUUUUACUGUACAGUUUUAUAGUUGUUAAUAUUAACCCUUUUUACCAAGACCAUUUUAAACCAUUAUUUUCUCUUGUUGGUCUAUUACAUUAACUUUCUUGUCUUUAUAGUGUAGUGAAAAAUGUUCAAUUAUACAUUUUAUAUUGUGUUGAGACUCUCUGGUCUCCCUCCUGUCAAGACUGUUUUUGAUUGAAAACUCUCUUACAAAUUGUCAAAUUUUGCAUCAAAUUAUCCUUAUCAUUGGUAUACUAUUUGUUGGUAUAUUUGGCAUUGCUUUUUACUUUCUUUUUGUCAUGAUUGUAAACACAUUUUUCCACUAAUCCAUUUUAUUUGUAUUAUUGUACAUCUGUUUUCAAGGUUAUUUAUUCAAUAAUUCAUUUUUAUACAAUGUGCCAUGUACUGUUGAUGCGUGGUAUUCAAAGUUUAAGUUUGGAUAGGAGGAAGGUGGGGACCAAGCAAUUUCAUUGCAGUUUUGCAUCACAUGUAGCUGUUAAGCUGAGAUUAUUUCUGUAAAUACACAAUUGCAAUGGAUGUUGAGUAAAGAAGAUGGAGCCAUAGUGAAGUUAAAAUGAAAAAGCUUUUGGUUGGCUCAUCAAAUCUGAUAGUUGUUUGGUUGGUUAUAUUCCUGUCUACUAUAUCUGUUAAAAAUAAGCAUCAUCUCUAAUAUGAUUUGUGAAAAAGCAAUCCUUAGCCCAUACCUAGCUUGAGAAUGGGAAGCAUGAUACGUAGCUUUUAUUCCAGUGGUAUUUGCUAAGUAUGGAACUUUGUAGUGUAGGAUGAGAGCUCAUCUUUGAAGAUUAAUUAAUAUUACUGGCAAAUUGUGAUAUAUAAAUGUUAUAUUUUGUAUUUUAUAUGUAUGUUGAUCAAGGAUAAUAUUCUGAGUCGAAUUGACAACUUAAAUAACUGAUAUCAGUUUUGAGUGAGUUAAAGACAGCGAUCUUGUCAAGAAUGGAUAGUGUAAUUGAUUUAAGAGGAUUGUUUUCCUGAUAAGUAUUUCUUUCAGAACAAACUGUCAUUGAAACAAAUAAAACAAAGUAACAAGUA